AUGGCGUGCCCUUUUGAUGAGGAUCCUGUGGACGUAGAAGCACAGAUUAUACGGGGUUUUUUUCGCCGUGAGAGGGGAGUUUUCUAUACAAUGUGGGCGAUGCAGAGCAUGCGGGAAAGGCAACCGUGUGUAGAGCCGUUCGUACGCAUGGCACUGAAACGGUUGCUACACACUUUUGUACAGUUCCCUGGUCAUAAACCUGUGCCCUUUAUUAAAGAGGAAUUCCACAGGGUGGCAGGGUUCCCAAAUGUGAUUGGGUGCAUUGAUGGCACUCACAUUCCUAUUAAAGCUCCAUCUAUCAAUGAGGGAGACUAUGUUAAUAGGAAGUCUGUGCAUAGCAUCAAUGUGCAGGUAAUAUGUGAUGCAACCCACCUCAUCACUAAUGUUGAGGCAAAAUGGCCUGGAUCUGUACAUGAUGCCAGAAUAUUUAGAGAGUCAUCUCUGUGCAACAAAUUUCAACAGGGACACUUCUAUGGUUACUUGCUGGGGGACAGAGGAUACCCUUGCCUUCCCUAUAUGAUGACACCCUACCCUGAUCCUGAGCCCGGACCCCAGACACGCUUCAACCGGUCUCACUGCAGAACACGGGCCAAGGUGGAGAUGACAAUAGGCAUUCUGAAGGCGAGGUUUCAGUGUCUGCGUGGGCUCAGGGUCACUCCAAAUAGGGCAUGUGACAUCAUAGUUGCUUGUGUGGUACUUCACAACAUUGCCACAAUAAGAGGAGAAAGGCAUCCCCCCUGUCCUGAUGAAAAUGACCUAGAUGAAAACCCAUUCAAUCUAGCAGACAACAGAGAUGGCAGAAUGCUUAGAGACAUGAUUUGUCAAAAUCACUUUAUUUGAUUCUCUAUUUCUUCAUAUCCUGAAAUAA